AUGGUUAAUAUCAAAGUGGAGUUUCUAGGUGGAUUAGAUGUUGUCUUUGAAAAAAAACGUACAUAUGACUUGUCUAUCCCAACUGAUGGCGUUGAUAGUUUCACCAUGAAGGAUCUGUUAGAUUAUUUAGUAUCGAAUAUGAUUAAAAAUCCAAAUGAUGUUGAGGUUUUCAUUGAGGAUGAUACUGUUAGGCCCGGCAUUAUAACUUUGAUCAAUGAUGCUGAUUGGGAAUUGGAAGGUGAAUUAGAAUAUGAGAUUGAAGAUGGUGAUGUUAUUUCAUUUACUUCAACUUUACAUGGUGGUUAA